UUACCUACCAAAAUUGAUUAAAAUGGCACCGCCAUUACUAAGGUCGGUGGCCACAACCGCUGCCAUAGCAGCCUCUGCACUUCCUGCUGCCUUUGCUUUCUCCGCUCGUUCUUCCUCCUCUUCUGCUCAAUCACAUCAAAUACCCAAACCCAAAAACCUCUCUUUCUUUUCUUCAACUUCUCACCUUUCACCGACUCGCUUGGGACUUACCAAGAACUUGGCUCAGCCGCCUUCUGCUCUCCAAAUGGAUGCGCCCUCAUCUGAUCACAAACCCACCUCUCAGAUGGAUGCCCAAUUGCCUGAGCUACUGACUGAGUAUAUGGUGGAUAUGACAUGCGAGGGUUGUGUCAAAGCCGUCAAGAAUAAGUUGCAAACCAUUGAUGGAGUGAAAAAUGUGGAGGUAGACUUGGGGAAUCAAGUGGUUAGAAUUCGUGGUUCUUCAUCUGUGAAGGCCAUGACUGAAGCUUUGGAGCAGACAGGUCGAAGAGCCCGAUUAAUAGGUCAAGGAGUGCCUGAAGACUUUCUCAUUUCUGCUGCCGUUUCUGAAUUCAAAGGACCAGUUAUAUUUGGUGUGGUGCGCUUUGCUCAAAUGAAUAUGGAAGCGGCCAGAGUUGAAGCUAGCUUUAGUGGGUUGUCCCCAGGAAAACAUGGUUGGUCUAUUAAUGAAUAUGGUGACCUUACAAGAGGUGCUGCAAGCACUGGGAAAAUUUAUAAUCCAUCCCACGAUGGAACUGCUAAUGAGCAAGUUGGUGACCUGGGAACACUAGACAUUAAUGAAAAAGGUGAAGCGUUCUAUUCAGACAUCAAACAUAAGCUGAGAGUUGCAGAUCUUAUUGGGCGGGCUCUAGUGGUGUAUGAAACAGAAGAUAAAUCAAUCCCAGGUGUUACAGCUGCAGUGAUUGCAAGAAGUGCUGGGGUUGGCGAGAACUACAAAAAGAUUUGCACAUGUGAUGGCACCACCAUAUGGGAGGCUAAUGAUAAUGAAUUUGCCCUCAGUAAGGUCUGAGAAUUUGAUCAAGGCUAAAUUUGUAGGCAUCUUGUAUGUCUUUUCAAAUUAUGCACCAUUUGUUUUAUGACCAUAUACUUCGUACCCGUAUCGAGUGUAUGGAAUAAGAGAACACUUAAAAGUUAAAACAUCUCAAGAUUUUGUUGAUUAUGUGACUGCAACUGGAACUGAGGAUUUAGUAUAAUAAAGGCAGCAUUUGGUUGAAAA